CGCAAUGGUUUUGGUUUUAGUACACGACCGUGCACUGUAGGCACAAAACAGUAAACAUGAUAUAACCUAAAAUUUAUCUAAUUAUCGGUAGUUAACUGUAUGUAUAUACAUGUGUAUGUAUAACUCCAAUGCCUAUAUACAUGAAUAUAUAUGUGUUCAACUUAAAAUAAACCAUUUCCGAGCUCCUAAACACUUGUGAAACCUAAUAAAAAAUGUUGAAAUUUAAACUAGCCAGUAACUAAAAGUAAUGAUAAUACCUGUACCGAUUUAAAACAGACUUAAAUGCAAAUCUUUAAAAUAUCGUUCAGCAUUGGCCCAAGAUAGCUUCGUAAAUUACUCCUCAUGGAUAUCCAGCAUUGUCACUACUACCAAUGCGGUCCACGGUCCCUGACGCUAAUACUUCUUUUACACGUCUGUCUAUCGCUACCAAAUGAAUCUUGGGCUGGAAUCAACGAGAAAAAGCUCCUACAUAAGCUUCUAGAUCACUAUAACGUACUAGAACGUCCUGUUGCUAACGAAUCUGAUCCUCUUCAGUUGAGUUUUGGUUUGACUUUGAUGCAGAUAAUAGAUGUGGACGAGAAAAAUCAGCUACUCAUCACUAACAUUUGGUUAAAACUGAUAGGUACUGACAAAAUCUAA